AUGAAACUAGUGUCAAUAUUAAUUUUUAACUGCCAAGAAAAUUCUACUGGUGAAGUAAAAGCUCACCUAUUGUACAAACACGUAGAUCUGUCCAGUUUCAGUUUUUUUAUUCGUUCAAGUUUAAACCAAAUCGUAUUGUUUCACUCUAGGCUAAUAUGCGCCCGCAUCGAAGCACAAAAAAGAGUUAGUGUUAACUGUGAUCAUGGAGUCACCUGCCAUGCGUUUAAACAUAUGAGUGGUUUGGCUGCUAGUGUGAUAGCGAGCCAGGAUUAUCCGGAAGAAGCUGCGUUUUCACUUUUGAACAGGGUGCUAAACAGCUUUAUUUCAAAAUAUCCCAUCCACAUAAUAACACAAAAAAAAACUGACGUUGAGUUAGACUUUGUAGAAGGAGCUGCCCUGUUAAAUAAAUUCCAAAACCCAAUGGAAGCUGACACCACGCUUCAAAUAAAAGGUCUGAUUGACGAAGUUCAAGAUGACUUAAGAGUGGCUCUAGACAAUAUUCUCAAAAGAGGCGAAACAAUCGAUUCGUUAGUGUCUAAAACAAAUGAUUUGAGUGCUGCUUGUGAAAAAUUUUACCGCAAAGCGAAAUCACAAAAUCAAUGCUGCAAAUGGUAUUGA